AUGGAGACUCCUUUAGAAUCUCAUUCGGAUAACUUAAGUUUAGAGGAGCCAGUUGAAUUUAUUAAGCUUUUUGAACUCGUUUCGGCUGGUGACUUAAAGAGUAUUAAGAAUGCUUUGUGUGUCUACGAAAUAACUCAUGGGAAAGUGUUUAAUUUACGGAUUGUUAAUAAGUAUGGGUUGUACUUGAUUCAUUCGGCCGCUUAUUAUGGACAGAGGGAGACAGUUGAAUUUCUUCUCUCCUCUGUAAGUGAAGUAGAAGAACGAGAUACGACUAUGUAUGAGGCCAUUACUUCGGAUAAUUUGUCUUUUGAAAGUAAUGAUACAGAAAUGAUGUCAAACGAAUCAAAAAUCGUACCUAUUACAUUUGGUCAUGCUAAAUCUCCUUCCAGUUUUAUUAAUGUCAGAUCUCUAGAUCAAGGAGCUACUCCCUUGCACUUUGCGGCUAUGGGGGGUAAUAAGAACAAUAUUAUACUCUAUUUGUUGGCCUGUGGGGCAGAUCCUCGUUUGAAAGACAUUAAGGGAAUGACUCCGCCAGAACUAGCUAGAGCCCAUGGCCACAAGAAGACCGAAAAGACCAUUCGGAAGUACAUUCAAGCUAUCAAUAGCAAAAUGUCACAUUAA